GAAAUAUUUGAACGAAGCAAACAGAAAUUCCCCAUUCCCCAAAUCCGAACCCGUCUCCGGCGAGCCCAUCCCUUCGCCGCCUCAGACGCAAUGGGAGCGGAGAUGGAGCGGUCCAUCUUGUCUCUGUGCGCGUCCCUCUCGUCGGUGCUCGACCACGCCGACUCCUCCUCCCGCGAGCUCGCCGACGUCGUCUCCCGCCGCCCCAUCCACCUCGAGUCGACGACGACCGCGUUCCUGCAGAAGCUGGACCGGCUGACGGAAGCGGCGAACGAGGACCUCGCGCACCUCGACUCCAUGACCUUCGGUGCUGUCUCCUUCGAGGAGCUCCUCGGCCACUGCGGCGAGGCGCUCAACGUCUACGCGCGCCACGCCGACGCCAUCGAGUCCCGCCUCGCCUCCUUCGGCUACGAGCCACCCAAGGUGGAGCCUGAGGUGGAUACGGAGGUGCAAGAUGGUGAUAUCGGGAAGCUUGGGGACCCUGCGAGUGGCUGCUUCGGUGUGUCCAGUUCAUUGCUGAGGUCCAGUAAGGGGCGGUUCCGCGAUGACGAAGACCCACUAUUUGGUGAGUCACUGAAGAGUCUUGGGUUUUCGGAUGCUUGUCUAGCCACUCUUUCCUCUGAAGUCACGGAUAAUGGUGAAAACCUAAAGGAGCUUUACAAAGAUCCUGAAAGUGCUGAUGAGGGUAAAAAGAUCAUGAAGGAAGCUGAACUUAUAGCUCCCCAAAGUAAAAGAGAUAAUCAAGGUAAUUCUUUCAAAGAAAUGAUAAGGGCAUCAAAGGAGGAGUAUGAGCAACUUCCUCCUUACAUGAAGAGUCUAGCAUCAUGGGAGGAAUUGCAGGAGGGAAUAUCCAAACUAAAUUCAUACUUCGGUAGUGACGAAGCCAAGGGAAGCGUUUCGUUGAAUCAAGAUGAUGUUGGAGCAAUAGGGUUGGGGCGCAAAGGAAGAGCCUGCUUGCUUAUGCUGCUCCGGCUGAAUCAAUUAACUAUGGAGGCAGUUGAUGGAUCUACCUUUUACACCCUACGCAAGAACAACUCGUAGUCUAUUUUUGGAACUCUGGGAGGUGCAUCGAAUUUGAAUAGUCGAUACUUGAUAGCCUGAUACUAAUAUAAGAGUGUUGUGUAUUAAGUUCUGGUUCAAAUCUUGUGUGUUGUUAAUGCAUACUCAAACUCAGUUGAAAAGGUGAAUUUGAUUGCACGAGCAGAAGCUCUUUGCUCGUGUUAUGUUUA